GAAGGCUGACAAUUUCAGUUUCUCCGAGAAAUCAGCUGAUUUUUAGCCUUUUGCAAAUUCUUUGUUUAUCUUUUCGCAUAUAUUAUGUAACUCAAACUUCCAUCUACGCUAUAGUUACAUUUAAAAGCAAUUUUCACGCCAAUUUUAGGUAAUAUUUUUCUCUCAAAAUGGCAGACAUGCUAAUGUGUACAUCUUUCGAGGACACUUUCGAGAAGUUUUCGUAUGGAUUUCGAGAUGAGAAUAAGCUUCAAAGGUUGACUGUAUCUAUUCCUAUUCCACUAAARAUCAGUGCAAAAGAAUUUGCUUGUAGAUUGAUGAAAGAACAUCAGAUUCCAUGUUAUUUGGAAGAAGAUUUAACCCAAGCAUUAGAAAAAUUUCUUCAAAAAAGCCUCAUAGCYCUUUAUGACCAGAUGGGAGACCUAGCUGUCAAUCAAACACUAGAAUCAACGCAAACAGCCAAUGACUACAUUAACUCCUGGGCUAACACAUUUAAAGAUGAACAUUCCAAAUACUCUCAGACAAGCGACGCUAAUGAAGACGUUAGAUUUGCAGAGAUAUACCAUACCCUUAUCCACUCGGCUGCAUUAGAGACAUUAUUGCAAUUAGAUAAUUCUUAUGCRCUGUCRYUGCAAGAUUURCUGUCGCAUCGUGAUUCUGCAUUGAAAUCUGCUCAAGAAAAGCACCAAAAAGAACUWGAGACAGCCAUCAGUGAGGUUGGGAAUACUGAUCGAGAUGUCAGCAAUAUUGCAACCAGACAGAUGGAAGAAUCACAGAUGCUAGAGACAUAUUGGUCAAGUGAACUGUCUCAGCUUCAAGAAAUGCAAAAKAGAGAAUAYAGGGAGUGGGUUAUGAAAGUCCAUGAAGAUACUAUGAAACCAGCAGGARAUGCAUCUCUUGCAACAGGCCAAUUCAAAACUCGAACAGUGUCAACAUUAAGUAGCUCAACAUCUGAGGAGUUCCAGUCUGAACCAGAGACAAGAAUGGAGGAGAGUUUUACGAUUCACCUUGGAGCACAACAAAAGACAAUGCACAACUUACGAUUGAUUUGUGGAGAUGUUCUGGACAUGUGUCAACACAAAGCCACUCCAGGGUCAGUAUUCUCACACCCUCACAGAAUCCAGACAGCGUUUUCUCUGUACUCAGAGUCACUUACAGGAGUUAUUCUACUGGUUGAUAAUAGAUUGGAUAUUUAUACUGGGAUUAGUAAAGAGUUUGCAUCAAUAUGUCAGCAAUCAACAGAGUUUCAUUUUCCUGACCUGGACAAACAGAUUUGUUUGAUACAACAAAAUGUUGAAAACAGAAAUCGCACCAAGUCAACCACAAGCAUAAGAUCCAAUGACGACAAUGCUCUUAAAGUUCCUACGCUUAAAUCAGGUGACUUCUACAUAACCCGACACUCAAACUUGGCUGAAGCACAGGUYGUCUUUCAUCUUGUCAUUGACGAUGCUGUGAAGUCGCUGUCCUUAAAUAGUCGUAAUCCGUGCAUAGUAGGGCUAAGGCAUAUAUUACACACAGCWGUACGAUACAAUAUCACAACRAUAACYAUACCGUUACUGCUUUUCCAUGACAUGACUGAUGAGAUGACAGUUAACUGGUGUGUCAAGCGUGCUGAACUUGUAUUGAAGUGUGUCAAAGGUUUCAUGAUGGAAUGUGCUUCAUGGAGUGGUGUGGAGUCUCUUAAUGUUCAGUUCAUGAUACCCAAAGGAAUCUCAGUAGACAUGUUUAACACUGUCUCCAACAUGUUACCAAGUAUCUUUAGAAUCUCAACACCAUUAGAUUUGACUUCGUCGUCCAAUAGAUAGUGAAUGGUAUAUUGCUUUUACUGGGACCCUAGCAACCGUUGUCAUGCUCAAUAUACAACAAAAUGAAUUUACAAGCAAAAAUGGUACAUUAAUGUUGAUGUAUUUACAUUUCUAUUAACAUAAUAUUUUAU